CUUGGUAACUCUGGCGGGACUGGGGAGUGCCCGAAAUAGCUGGGAUUUACCAGCACCGGCGCCCGUUCACCUUCAGGUCCUGGUCCCGGCUCCAGUCCCCGCUCCUGCGACGCAACUUGCGAGACCGGACCCGUUUGCGAAUCCUAGACCGUAUCCAACAAAACCAGCCAUGCUUGCUGGUACCUGGUACACGCAGGUGUACGGGCCCAUGCAGCUGGGGCGGGGCUCAAGACUUCAGUAAUUUCAUGCAGGUGAUACACCCGGAGGAGAACCGCAUCAAACUGGUCGAUGAAUUCAGGUCCGAAGGCGAAUGCACGUCCACCACCGCAAGCCUUUCGUUCACGAAGGUACCGGGUGUGUUCCUGUUCAAGGACUCCGUUGGAGGACUGAACAGCGGCGAUUACGUGAUUGUGGCCAUCGAAGAGUCUUGCUUCCAGGUCGUCUGGGCAUGCGUGAAGAGACACGUGGAAUCGGGUAAAUGCAAGGACUACUGGGUGGCGGCCAAAACCAGACAGAGGAUCCCGGACGCUGCCACCUGGAAGAAGAUUGACAAGGUGCUGCAGCACAUCGGUGUUCAGAGCUACGAGCCCGUGAACCAGUCACAACCAUGUUCCGCUUUGAAGAAAACGUACUAGAUGUUAUGUGCAAUCGAUAUCGUCGACGUCGGGUGACAGUGGAAGGAUUUCUCUAUAGUAAUCGACAGUUAAGUCUAUCAGUGUGAUUUUGGUAUUUUCGAGUCCGACAAUCCACACAAAUACGCCCCGAAUAGUAUCCAAAAAAUUAAAGACAAUAUGAUAUAUAUAUUGAUUGAUUUGAUCGACGGUCGGAUAUUCUUGUGUAUCGUGUCACCUGUCGAAUGGUUAUCGUUUGAUUUACAUGCACUAUACAAUUGUAGUAUAAACAUUAAAUUUUAUAGAACUCAAAUAAAGUUUGGAAAUUA